AUAUGAAAUGCACUGGGAGCAGAAAUUGUUUGAAUAGGAGAAGUAGAUUUGGUUCCCGAGAAAGAGACUGGCUGAGAGAAGAUGUGAGGAGAGGCUGUGUUUACCUUUAUGGAGCAGACAUGACCACUGCCACUGCAACCACCACCUCCUCUGCCUCAUCCUCCUCUGACUUACAUCUUGUCCUUUGCACAGUAGAGACACCAGCAUCAGAAAUAUGUGCUGGAGAGGGAAGGGAAAGUCUUUAUUUACAGCUUCAUGGAGACCUGUUCAGGAGACUGGAGCCUACUGAACGACCUCUUCAGAUGGUUUAUGAUUACUUGUCCAGGCUGGGAUUUGAUGACCCUGUGCGCAUACAGGAGGAGGCAGCAAAUCCCGACCUCGGCUGUAUGCUGCGAUUCUAUGGUGAAAAACCAUGCCAGAUGGAUCAUCUGGAUCGAAUCCUUCUGUCUGGCAUCUAUAAUGUACGCAAGGGAAAGACUCAGCUGCAUAAGUGGGCUGAACGCCUGGUUGUCCUCUGUGGCACCUGCCUCAUCGUUUCCUCAGUGAAGGAUUGUCAAACUGGAAAGAUGCACAUUUUGCCUCUGGUUGGGGGAAAGGUAGAAGAAGUGAAGCGACGGCAGUACUCACUUGCAUUCAGUUCAGCUGGAGCCCAAGCUCAAACCUAUCAUGUCAGCUUUGAGACGUUAGCUGAGUACCAGAGAUGGCAACGGCAAGCAUCCAAGGUGGUGUCCCAGCGAAUCAGUACUGUUGAUCUCUCAUGUUACAGCCUUGAGGAGGUUCCUGAGCAUCUCUUCUACAGUCAAGAUAUCACCUACCUCAACUUGCGACACAACUUCAUGCAAUUAGAAAGACCAGGGGGCCUUGACACUCUCUACAAGUUUUCUCAGCUGAAGGGCCUGAACUUGUCCCACAAUAAACUUGGAUUGUUUCCUGUGUUGUUAUGUGAAAUUUCUACCCUGACUGAGCUCAACCUUUCCUGUAAUGGAUUUCACGACCUGCCAAGUCAGAUUGGCAAUCUACUAAAUCUUCAAACCCUCUGUCUUGAUGGCAACUUUCUGACUACUUUACCUGAAGAAUUGGGAAAUCUGCAGCAACUUUCCUCCCUGGGAAUUUCCUUCAACAACUUUAGUCAAGUUCCUGAGGUUUAUGAGAAACUCACUAUGUUGGAUAAAGUGGUUAUGGCAGGAAAUCAACUGGAAGUCCUAAACCUAGGGGUGCUGAACAGGAUGAGCCAUAUCAAAUAUGUUGAUUUAAGGAUGAACCAUUUGAAAACCAUGCUUAUUGAAAAUCUGGAGGGAAAUAAAUACAUCACCCACAUGGAUUUGCGGGACAAUCAACUGACUGAUUUAGAUCUUAGCUCCUUAUGUAGCUUGGAGCAGCUGCAUUGUGAGCGGAACCAGCUGAGGGAGCUGACACUCAGUGGCUUCUCCCUUCGAACUCUCUACGCCAAUUCGAACAAGCUGACGGCAGUGAAUGUCUAUCCAGUACCCAGUCUACUCAGUUCUCUAGAACUCUCCCGAAACCUGCUAGAGUGUGUCCCUGACUGGGCCUGUGAAGCAAAAAAGAUAGAAAUAUUAGAUGUGAGCUAUAAUCUUCUAACAGAGGUUCCUAUGAGAAUUCUCAGUAGCUUGAGUCUUAGAAAACUGAUGGUGGGACACAAUCAUGUGCAAAACCUUCCCGUGCUGGUGGAGCACAUCCCCCUGGAGGUGCUGGAUAUUCAGCAUAACUUACUCACCAGGCUGCCAGACACCCUCUUCUCCAAGGCCUUAAAUCUCAGAUACCUGAAUGCAUCGGCAAAUAGUCUGGAGUCUUUGCCAUCUGCCUGUGCUGGCGAGGAGAGUCUGAGUGCACUGCAGCUGCUCUAUCUGACCAACAACCUCCUGACAGAUCAGUGUGUGCCUGUGCUGGUUGGGCACCCACACCUGCGAAUCUUGCAUCUCGCAAACAACCAGCUACAAACUUUUCCUGCAAGCAAACUAAAUAAAUUGGAGCAAUUGGAGGAACUCAACCUAAGUGGCAACAAGCUUAAAACCAUUCCCACAACCAUAGCAAACUGCAAAAGGCUGCACACCCUUGUCGCUCACUCCAACAACAUUAGCAUUUUCCCAGAAAUACUGCAGUUGCCUCAGAUCCAGUUUGUAGACCUAAGUUGCAAUGACUUGACAGAAAUCCUGAUUCCCGAGGCUCUGCCUGCUACUUUACAAGACCUUGACCUGACUGGUAAUACAAAUCUUGUUCUGGAACACAAGACGCUGGACACAUUUAGCCAUAUCACAACCCUAAAAAUUGAUCAGAAACCUUUGCCAACCACCGAUUCUACAGUUGCAUCCACCUUCUGGAGCCAUGGACUGGCUGAGAUGGCAGGGCAGAGAAAUAAGCUGUGUGUAUCUGCCCUAGCUGUGGAUAACUUUGCAGAGGGGGUGGGAGCUGUGUAUGGCAUGUUUGAUGGGGACCGAAAUGAGGAGCUCCCUCGCCUACUCCAGUGUACCAUGGCAGAUGUGCUUUUGGAAGAGGUACAGCAGUCGACAAAUGACACAGUCUUCAUGGCUAACACCUUCUUGGUAUCUCACAGGAAAUUAGGAAUGGCUGGCCAGAAGCUGGGCUCCUCUGCUCUCCUCUGUUACAUCCGCCCUGAUUUGGCUGAUCCAACAAGUAGUUUUAGCUUGACAGUGGCCAACGUUGGCACGUGCCAAGCAGUCCUGUGCCGAAGUGGGAAACCAGUGCCCCUCUCUAAGGUCUUCAGCCUGGAACAGGACCCCAAAGAGGCUCAGAGGGUAAAGGACCAAAAAGCCAUCAUAACAGAGGACAACAAAGUGAAUGGGGUAACCUGCUGUACCCGGAUGCUGGGUUGUACAUACCUCUACCCUUGGAUCCUCCCCAAGCCCCACAUAUCUUCCACUCCGCUUACUAUUCAAGAUGAAUUGCUGAUUCUGGGAAACAAAGCAUUGUGGGAACACUUGUCAUAUACAGAAGCUGUCAACGCAGUACGCCAUGUACAAGACCCAUUAGCAGCUGCCAAAAAACUGUGCACGUUAGCCCAGAGCUAUGGUUGUCAGGAUAAUGUGGGGGCAAUGGUGGUUUAUUUGAACAUUGGUGAAGAAGGCUGCACUUGUGAAAUGAAUGGGCUCACCCUCCCAGGUCCUGUGGGAUUUGCUUCAACCACCAUCAUCAAGGAUCCACCCAAACCAACCACUCCUUCCUCCAGUAGUGGUAUUGCCUCUGAGUUCAGCAGCGAGAUGUCCACUUCAGAGGUGAGCAGUGAGGUGGGAUCCACUGCUUCUGACGAACAUAACACUGUUGGCCUAGAUGGUGGCUUGCUCCCAAGGCCAGAGAGGCGCUGCAGCCUUCAUCCAAUACCCACCUCUGGGGUUUUUCAGCGCCAGCCUUCUUGUGCAACCUUCUCAAGUAACCAGUCUGACAAUGGCCUGGACAGUGACGAUGACCAGCCUGUUGAAGGGGUCAUAACAAAUGGUAGCAAGGUAGAAGUAGAAGUAGAUAUCCACUGCUGUAGGGGAAGGGAUCUUGAGAACUCUCCUACUCUUACAGAGAAUUCUACCCCAUGUCCUGAGGAACAUGCUAGAGGAUUAUUUUUUGGGAUCCGCAGACAGAACAGUGUGAAUAGUGGCAUACUUCUGCCAGUGAGCAAGGACAAGAUGGAGUUACAGAAGUCUCCCUCCACUUCCUGUCUCUAUGGAAAGAAACUCUCCAAUGGCUCUAUUGUUCCCCUAGAAGAUAGCCUGAACCUCAUUGAAGUGGCCACAGAAGCACCCAAGAAGAAAACCGGCUAUUUUGCUGCCCCCACUCAGCUGGAGCCAGAGGAUCAGUUUGUUGUACCUCGUGACCUAGAAGAAGAAGUGAAGGAGCAAAUGAAACAACACCAGGAAAGCAGGCCUGAGCCUGAGCCCAGCGAAGAGGAUCGGACCGAACUCCCGGAGGAGUUUGACACAGCUCUGUGAUCCUCCCCCAGGAGCCACGGCGCUAGGGAAGACUGUGUAGUGUUGGGAUGGGGACCCUUCCAGAGCAUUUUGCCUCUGCAUUUCUAAACCAUAGAUGAAGAGGGUAGAACUUGGAGCCAGAAAUGGUGAGAGCUAUCAGGGUCUUGCUCUGGAUAAGCUAGUAAACGCCAUCAGUGUUAAGGUUCACAUUUAACCUGCAUUGGAAUUCCCAAAGUUCCUGGGGAGAAAGCAGAUGUUGCCCUGUAUCAGUCCUACCACCUGCCAUUAACCCUUUCUCUCCUAGGAUGAUUUUGAGGAUUUGCCUGCCUGGGCAGGAAAGGGACUAUCUCUGUGGAGGAAGUAACUGAAGAUUGAUUCUCUUUACUGAUUGCUGCUGAUGGAUCUCUGUGACAGAGAAAUCACCUUCUAUCUCAACCUAACUGAUGGGAUGUGAUGUGACUAGUCACAUGGCUUUUCAUUCUUCUCUACGAGAAUACAGCCUAUUGAAAUGACGUUUAUUGGAAAUGUAGAACCAAUCAAACAGAUAAUUUAUGUAUGUAAUGUAAUGAGAGCACUUUUCAUUGACUGUGAACUUUUUAUUAUCGAAUCUGCACUCGAGCCAAUCUUCUUAGAGGCAGCCCAGCACCUUUGUCCAUAGGCAAAAUGAUCAUCGGGUGUUGGAGCCUUCUUUGAGGGUACUAGGAAGGGCCCUGGGAAAUCGAUUUAACUAUUAGAUGUCAGACUCGGAAAGCUCCUGAAACUUAGGGGAGUAGGAUCUUCUUUUGGGGAUGAAGAUGGGGAAGGACUGAGGACUAAGACUACUUCCCCCCAAAUCACAAGAAGAGAAUAACUCCUUGAUAAAUGUGACACUUGCUAGGAAUUUCCCAGCAGAUCACAAGAGAGGCAUUUGGGGAUUGGCCUUUUUCCAUAACGUGUGAUGGAGUUGGCAGUCAGCCUCCUAGUAUGUGGGGCCAAGGCUGAUGCUGCUUUUGCAUCCAAGUAACCGUGAGUUAUAGCAGAUGUCGCUGAACAGACUGAGGCUGAAUGAGAACAGAUGGGUGGAGCUCACGAUCAGACAAGUUCCUUCUAGAGCAGAGGGACGGUUUUCUAAAAUGUUGGAAGUGAGUUGAGAGUUCACCUCUUUAAUGUUUAACAGAGUAUUCUUCUGAAAACUGCUUAUCCACCUCACAUGGUUUCAGAGUACUGGCCUCAAUUACUAAUAUAAGAAAGACUUAAUUGAGAAAUUCCUAAGCAUAUAGAAAACCUGGUUUACUGUAUUUCUUGCACAUUCCAUGUAACCCUAGCAAAAUGCAAGUCCUUCCUAUUUGUGUUCUGUUGCCUUUUCCAUUAGAAGAUUUACUUAGGAAAAUUAAUUCCUACAAAAUUUUGACAUUGCUUGAUUUUACCCAAUGGGGAAUGUACUUUGAAUUUUUAGAAUACUUUCACAAAAAGAAAAUAGGGUAGAACCAUUUUUAAUUUGUUUCAUGAGAAGCAAAAUGUUAAAGAUAAGGUUGAUAUAUACAUAAAUAUAGGGUUUUUUUGAAGUUUUUGUUAAAGGAACAGUAGAAAACCAGAUAACCUGUCCACAAAUGGUUAUGUCUCUUCAUCUUCUCAGAGGCCCUCUACCCAUGUGCGUGUGUCAGUGGGAUACACUGUUGGGGGAUUCCAUACCACUCCAGUGGCUGUCUAAUGUUCAACCCCUCAAGAAUCUGAAUUUGAGUCCCCAAAUUGUCAGAAACACUUGACUUCUCUGUGUCAAACUACUGGUCAGCUACUGAAAAAUUGUAGAACUCAGGUCUUAUUUGAAGUGGAGAACAUAGUGGCUCAUACAAAGUUUUGGUGCUGUUAGAAAGAUGGGCACAAUUGUGUGGCUGCCUUAUUUUUAUAUGGGAAAAU